AUGUUCCUGCAGCGAGGCUCCAGGAUGCUGCGCAGGCAAUUGCAGGCCUCAAGGGCCAUGGGCAAGAUGGCCGUGGCCAGGGGUGCUGCCGGAGGUCUGGCCGGGCACGCGCCGAGGUGGUUCACCGAGUCGAGGCGGCUAUGCGCCGUGAAGCCUGUGCUCCUGGCCGACAUUGGCGAGGGCAUCGUCGAAUGCGAGGUGAUACAGUGGUUCGUCGAGCCGGGCGCACGGGUCGAGGAGUUCUCGCCGCUGUGCGAGGUCCAGAGCGACAAGGCGUCGGUGGAGAUUACCAGCCGCUUCACUGGCACGGUCAAGAAGCUCUACUACGAGGCCGGCGACAUGGCCAAGGUGGGGAAGCCGUUUGUCGACAUCGACAUUGCAGGGGAAGCGGCAGCAGAGCCGAGCACGGGGGGCGGCGAGAAGGAGGCGGCGGCGACGACAACACCGACGCCGGUACUGGAGACGCCCGCCCAGCAUGCCUCCGCGGGGGCUCCGGGCGCGCCCAGCAGCAGCAGCGGCGGCGGCGGCAGCGGCGAAGCGAAGAGCAGGCCCAAGGGAAAGAUGGCGACACUGGCGACGCCUGCGGUGCGGCACCUGUCCAAGGAGCUCAAAGUGGAUAUUGCCGAGAUUGACGGCAGUGGCAGGGACGGGCGGGUGCUCAAAGAGGACCUUUACAAGUUUGUCAAGAGCAGAGAGUCUGCUGGCUCGGGGCCACAACCGGCGACGAGGGACGACGGGGCCGCGGCGCAGCAGCAGCAGACGGAGACGCGGGUGGCGCUCACGCAGACGCAGCAGCAAAUGUUCAAGGCCAUGACGCGGUCGCUGGCCAUUCCGCACUUUCUCUACGCCGACGAGCUGGACCUGUCGAACCUGGUCGGGCUGCGGGCGCGGCUCAACCGGGUGCUCGCAGAGCAGUCGUCGGCGGGCCUGGGCUUGAGCUCGGACGAGGCCAGCCAGCAGCCGCCGCCGACCAAGCUGUCGUAUCUGCCCUUCAUCAUCAAGGCCGUGUCCAUGGCGCUGUACCAGUUCCCGCUGCUCAACGCGCGCGUCGAGGUGGACGCGGCGGGCGGCAGGCCGUCGCUGGUGAUGCGGUCGCAGCACAACAUCGGUGUGGCCAUGGACACGCCGCAGGGGCUGGUGGUGCCCGUCGUCAAGAACGUCGGGGCGCUGAGCAUCGUGGCCAUAGCGGGCGAGCUGGGCCGGCUGCAGCGGCUGGCGGCGGCGGGCAGGCUGUCGCCGGGCGACAUGUCGGGCGGCACCAUCACCGUGUCCAACAUCGGCAACAUCGGCGGCACCUACCUCAGCCCCGUCGUCGUCGAGCGCGAGGUGGCCAUCCUCGGCAUCGGCCGCAUGCGCGCCGUGCCGGCCUUUGACGCCGCCGACCGCGUCGUCCGCAAGCACGUGUGCAACUUCAGCUGGAGCGCCGACCACCGCGUCGUCGACGGCGCCACCAUGGCCCGCGCUGCCGAGGUGGUGCGGCGCGUCGUCGAGGAGCCCGACGUCAUGGUGAUGCAUCUGAGGUAG